GUUCCUGCCUCUUACCCUAUUUCACGUUGGCCAAUCAGCUACUUCAGCGGUGACACCUCAUGCGCGCGACGAUCCCAAGCACCAUUGCGAUUUUCUAUUUUCAUGCGUAAGUAUUGGACUCAAUCUAGAAUUAGAUAUAUUAGGUCUUACUUUAUCAAAAACAAUCAGCUCAUAUCAUAAAGUUGUUGCUGUUGUUGUUGGGUAAUAUUUUAGCGCACUGUGUGAUGUCGUGACAUUGAGAUGGACAUAAUAUAACCUUAUUAUAUGUGCGCAUGGUGCUAUACAUAUCCAUGGCUUGAGGCAUUAUUGAUGACAACAUGUAAACACAAUCUAUACUCUGUGUGUUUGUUUAUGUGUAGUGUAGUUUAGUUAUCAAUUCUGUACCGAUUUAUCUUUCUCUUUUUCAACAGGUUCUUAAAUUCAAUGUUUCAUCUAAUAAUUAGUAGCUGACUACAAAAGGCACUUUUAAGAGCCACGUUUGUAUUGUCAUUUUCCCUGUUUUCGUUUUUGUAUUGUUCUCUCUCCCUAUCUAUUCUCCCCUCUCUUCUCUUAGUGGUGUGUUUGUCCCUGUGCACUUUUAUUUGUUCUGUGCGCCAUGUCAGAUCCUAAGCGGAACCAACUUUUGGACGAGAUCAACUGUCUUGUCAACCAGGCAGAAGACAUGGAUGAACUCCAAAGGCUGCAUGUGGUCACCAGCAUGCAACAAGAGGCAUCAUCCAUCCAGCCUCGCAUGCAACAAAAGGCAUCAUCCAUCCAGCCUCCAACUGUGAAGUGGAUUAAGAGGGACAGUGAAGGGAACAUUGUUUAUGGGAGGCCAAGAUUCUCCAGAAAGCAAGCAGCUGGUCUUAGCCACAGACAAACUGGAAAGACUGAUGUUUCCCUUUCCAGUGCUCCGGAAACCAGUGUGGAAAUGACUGAUGACUUUUCUCACAUAAACGCUGAGAAUUUCCUACAAGUGCUACAGCACUCACUGGGUGAAGGUUUUGAUGACCAAGAAAAACCACUGCAAGCCUCCAGUGAUUGGUCAGUAAGAAAAAGUCUUGUCUCAGGGUGGUGGGAGAAAGUGAGACCCCGGUUGGUGGAUAAAAUGGUGGCUAAGCAGCAUGUGGCAAGUCCAGUCUGCCAGAAAUGUUACCUCAGUCCAGCUAUGAUCCACUGUUGUGAGUGUCGACCACACCCCUUCCUCUGUGCCCGUUGUGACAUCAGCAUCCACAAGGCUCAAGUCUUCCACAACAGGGACUCAAUUACAGAUGGUUUCUUUCAGCCAUUGCCUCCGACAUCCUGUUAUGUGGAGAAGGUUCUUACCCAGUGUGUGUGUCUUGUACCCAUGGAGAUGCCAGGGAGAAUAUGUAGCUGUCCUCAGAGUUUAAGUGUCAUAACUGGAAAACCCAUUUCUGUGGUUACAAUGAAUGGCCGAUAUGAUCUCAACUUGCCAGAGUUGAAAUGUGAGGUAUGCCAAGCCACAUGGAGUGCUGGCGUGGAUGAGCUGGUCCAUAAUGACUAUUGGCCCGCUACUUCUCAAUUUUCCACAGUGUAUGCUACAGACAUCCUAUUUUCCUUUGAGGAGUUGAAGAUGGCAGCACCCGGGAUGUCCAGCCAGGCAUUUCUUAGAAUGCUAGAUCAACGAACUGUCCGCUUUGGCCGUACUGGAAAGAUCAUAGCAGACAGCUUCAGAAAAAGCUUUUUGGAGUGGGAGGCUGUCCGUUUCGAAGUGGACAAAGUCUUUCGGGAAGACCACUUUAACUGCCCAGCAUGCACCCCAAACAUGCUUGCGGUCUCUGUUGAUGGGAACCGUAAGCACUAUAGAUUCAAGAGUGCAGCAAGAUCAGAGGAACAGUCCAUCUUUAAUGGUGUCUUCAUAGCCAAGGACGAUGAUGUAGAAAGAUUCGUGGACUAUGUCCAUUCCUCGACCAACCAUAUCUCUGGAAGAGGUGUCUGUGGGGGACAGUGGUCAGCGGCACGAGAAACAUCACAGAAGUCUUCCAGCAAAGUAGAUGAGGAGGGCCUAGAACUUGCCGUUUGUCGACAUGGUGUUCUUCUUUGUGCCCUUAAUAUGUUCAGGGGGGAGGUUUUUGCUUACCCUCUGUACCUCCAGAAAAAAAUGGCUUGUAAGCCAGUGAAAUUCUUUGCUAUGGAUGUUGCGUGCAAGUAUUGGCCUUACCUCAAAAGAGUGAGUGAGAAAUGCCCUGAGCUUCAGGAUCUGCUCUCAAUGAAGCCGUUUCUUUCAGUGUUUCAUGCUAAAGCCCAUGACUUCAAAUGCGAGGUAAAAUGGAGUGGGGCGUACCAGGAGGGGGCUGGUUUGACUCUUGGGGAGGAGGUGGAGCAGUGUAAUGCCUUCCUUUCAAGAAUUGCUGUUACCACUAAGCACAUGGCAAAAGCAGUACGCACAGACAUGCUCACAGUCAUGGCCAUGCGCUGGAAUCAGCAAAAGAUGAGCAACUUGGCUUCCACACUUGCCCGCCGAUAUCAAAAGGCCACAAUAGCCCUGCAAAGACAGUUGCAGAGCCUGGAGAUCAUGAAAACUGAAAUGGCAGUCACAGAUGAUCAACUGCAGGGCUGGAUCACUGAUGUCAAUGAGUGGGCAGAAGGGACAACAUCCUCAACUGAUUCUGAUGUUGCUGCUGUGGCCAGACGAAUUGAGGAGCUGGUCACCAGUAUUAAAAGGAGAUCACAACGUCUUUAUAAAGACAAUGAUGGCUGCAAGGGUCGUGCCCGGAUACGCAGAAAGAUCAGGGAGGAAAAGACGCUUUUAAAUUCUGUGGUGGUUCAAUAUAACGCCAUGGUUCCCAAUGCAGAAAACCUGGAUUUGGACACCGUUCUUUCAGAUGACAUCAUUUGGCCAUGGCAGCUUCCACACAAUGACUCUGUAGGUCUAAGGACAAAAAGGAAGGCAUUUGACAUGGUAAUGGCAGUAAGGAGGCUUGAGGAAGAGAAGAAGAUUCUCAUUACUGAGAUGGAAAAACAUUGGACAUCUCUUUGCACCCGUGCAGACACCCUGAAAGAGAUGUCAUCCCAGCUUUGCAGGACCACAUCAAGUGAGAUGUGGGGCCUGAGUAAAGAAGGAAUCCAAGGUCUACAGAGCUUAGCCAAGAAGAACACACAAGCCAUCAACAGAAUACGAAAGCACACAAAGAACUGUUAUUUGCAUGUUUUGACUGGAACAGAAGUAAACUUGGAAAGUGAUUCAGAUGAAUACAAUAGUGACUCUGAACUUUCAGAAGAUGAAACAGAGGGUGUGUAAUGACCAACUUUUAUGUAACUUUAAUGUUCUCCAAGUCUUUGUUAAAAGAAUAGUUCACCCAAAAAUAAACAUUUUGUCAUUAUUUUCUUACUCUCAUGUUGUUACAAACCUGCAUAAAUUUCUUUGUUCUG